AAAGGGAAGGAAAAUAUUUGGUUGACAUCAAAGAGACUCCUCAAAAUCAAUAAACAUUUGUGUGUCCGUAGAUACAGUGUUAAGUCAGUGUAUGUGUGUGUAUACAAUCUAUAUAUACAUAUGAGAUGUACUACAAUUAUAUAUGUAAAAAGUAAUUUAUUAUUAUAGAUUAGAAAAAGAGAAAUAGAGAGAAAGGAUGUCAAGAUCAGAAUCGGAAUCAGAAUCUUCAUCAUCAUUAGAAAAUAAGAGUUGUGAGAUCAUCAAAGGUAUAAAUGGUCUUGAUAAAAUCAUCCUUCGUGAAAUCCAUGGCACUACUGUUGAGGUAUAUCUGUAUGGAGCUCAUGUGACAUCUUGGAAAAAUGACCAAGGAGAAGAGUUGCUUUUUGUCAGUAGUAAGGCUGUUUUUAAGCCUCCAAAGGCAAUACGUGGAGGUAUUCCAAUAUGCUUUCCUCAAUUCUCAAAUUUAGGCUCCCUUGAAGCACAUGGAUUUGCUAGAUGCAGAUUGUGGUCCAUAGACCCUGAUCCUCCUGCUUUUCCACCCAAUGUCACAAACAGAGCUUAUGUUGAUCUCUUACUUAAACCGACUGAAGAAGAUUUGAAGAUAUGGCCUCACAGCUUUGAGUAUCGGCUGCGAGUUACUCUGGGACCUGGAGGAGACUUAAUGCUGACAUCUCGGGUCAGAAAUACUAACACUGAUGGAAAGCCAUUUACAUUCACGUUCGCUUAUCACACCUAUUUUUCUGUUUCAGAUAUCAGUGAAGUUCGAGUGGAAGGAUUGGAGACACUUGAUUAUCUUGACAACUUGAAGAACAGGGAGAGAAAUACCGAACAAGGGGAUGCAAUAACGUUUGAAUCAGAGAUUGACAAGAUCUAUCUCAGUACACCAUCAAAGAUUGCAAUUCUGGAUCAUGAAAAAAAACGAACAUUUGUCAUCCGCAAAGAUGGACUUCCUGAUGCUGUGGUGUGGAAUCCAUGGGAUAAGAAGGCAAAGGCUAUGGCUGAUUUUGGAGAUGAGGAGUACAAACACAUGCUUUGUGUGGAGGCAGCCGCGAUUGAGAAACCCAUUACAUUGAAGCCUGGUGAAGAGUGGAAAGUAAGGCAAGAACUAUCGGCUGUUCCUUCAAGCUAUUGCAGUGGGCAGCUCGACCCUAAUAAAGUUCUCAAGGGUAGUUGAGAGACACCUGCUGAUUAAAUGUCAUGUACAGGUUUGUGGUGAAAGAAAAGCUCAUGCCAGCUCUUCCCUGUGAGUCCUAUUUUUCUCGUGUAAAAUUUUCAUUACAUUGGUUAAAAUGGCUGAACUCUUUUGAGCAGAGAAGUUGUCAAAAAUACUGUUCUUUACUAAAUUCUACUGAUUGUAAUGUUAAUGCCAAACCUUAAUUGGCAAAAAACAUAAAGGGAUGGUCUAAAAGAUUAGCCAUGUUAUGGUUUUGAUUAAAAAAAAAGAAAAGCCAUAUAUUUUGAUGGAAGUAAUUCAAAUCUGGUGCAUAUUUUAUCA